CAUCAUCUGGUAUUCGUGAACUCUGGCUUCACUUCACCUCGCUCAUACCGCUACUGGAAUCCCAAGACAUUGGCGAUCGACUUCGACGGAAUGAUCGAAGAUCUGCAGAGUGCACCAGAAAAUUCCGUGAUCAUAUUGCACGCGUGCGCGCACAACCCCACCGGCAUUGAUCCCACGCAGGAACAGUGGAUCAAGAUAGCUGAUGUUAUGCAGGAACGCAAGCUGUUCCCGUUCUUCGACAGCGCGUACCAGGGCUUCGCGUCGGGCGACCUGGAGCGCGACGCGUGGGCGGUGCGCUACUUUGUCAAGCGCGGCUUCGAGCUCGUCUGCUCGCAGUCGUAUGCGAAGAACUUUGGGCUCUAUAAUGAGCGUGUCGGAAAUCUCGCAUUCGUUGUAUCGGACGCGAAAUUAAUUCCCGCUAUGAAGUCGCAACUUACAUGGGUGGUGCGCGGCUCGUACUCCAACCCGCCGGCGCAUGGCGCGCGCGUCGUCGCCAACGUGCUCGCCGACACCAAGCUGUUCGACGAGUGGAGAGACCACAUUAAAAUGAUGUCUGCUAGAGUGAUGCAGAUGAGAGAAGCACUCCGAGCUGAGCUUAUCAAACUUGGCACACCAGGAAACUGGGACCACAUAGUGAAACAAAUCGGUCUUUUCUCAUACACGGGGCUCACAGCGAAGCAGUGCGAGUAUCUCAUACAAGAACACCACAUUUACUUACUGAAGUCCGGACGUAUCAACAUCUGUGGGCUUAAUCCCAGCAACGUACUAUACGUCGCAAAGGCCAUGAACGACGCCAUCGCAAAGUUCCCGGCUGAAGAUGACCACGCUUCAAAAUUAUAAAGGGUGUUUUUGGAUCUUCUCAAUGUGGUGGCAGUAUUUUCCAAAUUAUGGAUUACCAGUAUUUUUAUAAAUUUUAAUGUACAUAUAUUUUGAAAAAACUAUAUUUUAUUGUUAUACAUUCCCUUCU